AGUAACACUCUUGCAAGAGUUUCUCGAUCGUUGUCCGAUUACCUUCCUAGAUUUCUAAUUUUAUUCAUUUUGAAGACUUUUUAAAUCUCCCCAAGACAUUUCCGACCAUCCAGUCGACGUAUUCAAAAAAAGGCAAAGUUUACAGACAUGGGUUAUGGUUUGAAACUGGCUGCAGUGUCCACGUGCCUUACCUUGAUAUUUGUGAGCGGUGUACUUUUAUUCACCCGCGGUUUUCUUCUAAAGAGACUUGUUAUUGACGAUAAGACCAAAUGCAAUGAAAAAAUCAAUGGGAAAACUAUGCCAUCUUCAUUGUUCUCCAAAACGUCCUCUUCUGGCUGUUGGGUCGAGACCAAGUUUGAAAAAGCUGUCAUUCUUAUCAUCGACGCACUGCGAUAUGAUUUCGCUUAUUUUGAUGAAACACUUCAAGAUGAAGACACUCUUACUUAUCAGAACAAGUUGACAGUAAUUCAUGAAACACUCAAGGCUUUACCUCAACAAGCUCGUCUGUACAGGUUCAUAGCAGACCCACCCACAACUACCAUGCAAAGGAUAAAAGGCUUGACAACUGGUAGUCUUCCCACUUUUGUUGAUGCAGGGAGCAACUUUGCUUCUUAUACUAUCAAGGAGGACAACAUCAUAUCCAAAUUGGUUGAACAUGGUAAAAACAUCACUUUCAUGGGUGAUGAGACAUGGCAAGGGCUGUUCCCUGACACAUUCCAAAAAUCCUAUCCUUUUCCAUCUUUCAAUGUGAAAGAUCUUCACACGGUUGAUAAUGGAGUCAUUAAACAUCUGGUACCAGAGAUACAGCAGGAGAAUUGGCAGGUUCUUAUUGGUCACUUUCUUGGUGUUGAUCAUUGUGGACAUAAAUAUGGACCAUAUCAUCCUGCUAUGGCUGAAAAACUUCAACAGAUGAAUAAUGUGCUAAGGUCUGUGAUGGAUGCUCUUGAUGAUAAGACUGUUCUGUUUGUGAUGGGGGACCACGGUAUGACCCGUACUGGAGAUCAUGGCGGCGAUAGUCGUGAUGAACUUGAUUCUGCUUUGUUUGUUUACUCCAAGGUGCCUUUUAUUGACACCCACCAGCCAAAGAUUGAUGCAAAUUCAGUCUCACAAGUGGACUUUGUGCCAACAUUUUCUCUCCUGAUGGGAAUUCCUAUUCCCUUUGGCAAUCUUGGAACAACAAUCACUGAGCUGUUUGCUGGACAAGAUUAUCAACCUGUUAUUCCUAGCUACGUCCCUGAUGAAAAAAGACAUUUAUGGAAAUCUUUGUUGACUCGAGUAAAAGUAUUGCAAGUAAAUGCUUAUCAGAUCAAUAAAUAUCUGCAAAAAUACCAAGAAAUUUCUGAUGAGAUUCCGAAAAGGAAGCUAUCGUCAAUAACCAGUGAGUUCGUUGAAGUCUCUGAGUUAUGGCAGGAUACUCGGGAUCAGAAUAAUAUUAAUGGAAGUACAGCUGCAGGACACCUUAGUGUUGAACGUCUUUUGCUGAUGGAACAAAAGUACUUAAAGUAUCUAACAGGAGUGAAAGAACUUUGCAUCGAAAUGUGGGCGAAGUUUGACUUGAUAUCAAUGACGUUUGGCGUCUUGAUACAAAUAUUUGCGUUAUCGUUAAUGACAAUGAUAAUAUUAAUACCAAGUCUUCUUCGAAAAGGUGCUUCAGUAAUAUUAAAAACUUCGGUAGUUUUAUCAAUUAUUGGGUCUUGCUGCUGUGCUGUUAUCAGUGCCACUGAUUCUCACACAGUCAUUUACAAUUCAUUUGUUUGCUGCGUUGGGAGCCUUGCUUUUAUUUUCGCGCAUUUUAUUAUUGCAGAAAGGACAAAGCUUUACGCUAAAGUUAAACAGGUUAUCCGUAUCAUCAGCCUUGAAGAUAUCAUAUCGACUGUACUUUGUUUGCUCUACUUUCUUUCUACUUUCUCGAACAGUUUUGUAGUUUACGAAGAUAUGUGUGUUACAUUCAUCACUUCCAGUUUACUAUCUCUUCAGCUUAUCUUGGCCUUUUUGAAAAACAGAACCACACAAACUAUAGUUCGUAUAUUACCUAGAAAAACGUUAGGAGGGAAUAAAAAAGCCAAAAAAGAAACUCAAAAAUUCGAUGUUUGGAGCUUUUUCACCUCAUCUAAUUGUCAGGCGGUGUUGGCCCUAUUGUUGUUUGUUCUUUGUGGAAGACUAUCGUCAGUGUUUAGAAGAUGUCGAGAGGAACAAGUUUCAUGCGAGCCUUCAAGUUUUCUUCAACCAUUAUCUGCCUUGAAAGAUGCCACUGAAAGCAUUCACCAGCGUUUCUUGUUAUCCACAAUUUGCGCAUGCGCUCUACCACUAGGAUUACGACAAUGGYUUCGUUUCCAAGGCAAUCUAAAUGGCUUUUCUUCUGCUGUUAUUUGUGUAAAAUAUGGUCUUCCUUUCGCUACGGCAGUUACAGUUGCUCACUGGGCACUUCAAAUAAUCCCGCAGGCUGCCAACGACGCUUUCCCGAACUUGCAGCUUUGGCAACAAAUAAUUCUACCUGAAGUCGUCUACUGGCUUUGCUUGUUGACUAUUUCCCUGUUGCUGUGGCAACCAUUAUGUUUGUACACUAUGCUAAGGGAUAGUCAGAGCUCCCUUAAGGAUUCAAUUAACAGUUAUCUCAACAAAGACAACAAUGAUCCUAAAACAUUGCAAGUUGUCUUUAAUGAGUUGAGAAAAAAAUGGGACUCUAAUUCAUCCCAAAAUACGGGCGAUAAGACAGUAAUUGACCCCGAGAAGAACCAACCACCUGUGGUAUACGGGCUGGCUACAGUUUACUCGUCACCAAUUCUUAUCGUUGUCACGUGUGUUGCCAUGACGAUGGUGGUAAUCUUGAGUGAUGGAAUGGUGGGAUCUGUGCUGUUGCUUCUGGCUCAGAUGUUUCUUUUCCUAGAGAUCCAUGCAUCGAUCAGAAAGAUAGCUCACAAGGAGGAUGGAUCCAGCCAGGAAGGUCACCAUUGGCAUGCAGUGGUCGUGUGGGGCCUGUUAUCGUCUCAGUACUUCUUCUCUACUGGUCACCAGGCCACUAUACCAGCGAUACGAUUCGAAGCAGCUUUUGUCGGGUUGCCUGGAGACAUGGCGAAUAAUAUCUUGCCAGGACUGCUUAUAUUUCUAAACACGUUUGCAUCAUCUAUACUUUUCGCUGUUGGGCUUCCUGUGCUUUUAUUUUGGCCAAAGAUCUCGAUAAGGCUACUUGGAAAGGCCAAAAAAUCUCAGGAGAAGAGCGCCACCGAUAAAGGAGAGUUCGUGUUUGUGGAUGAUCCUAUUGGAUUCAGAGAAGAGGUUUUUCAGUUGAUCACAAUGUAUCAAGUUUUCCAUGGCUUGAAGGUUUUAUUCUGCUCGUGCUCUGCAGCACUACACCGGAGACAUUUAAUGGUGUGGAAGAUAUUUGCUCCUCGCUUUGUGUUUGAGGGUGCUUCAUACCUUGUUACCUUCCCGUUCUUGGUGUUCACAUUUUUGGUUGUUCUGAGAACCGAUGGCGCUCUGGAAAAAUGGACUCAAAAAUUGGAAACCUAUUUCGCAUACAAGGAAAAAUCUGGUUAGACAAGCUGGCCUCUAUUAAACUCCUAUACCACACGACCAUCUCUCGUUUUACCAGAAAAAGGGAGAGGGGCAUGGCCUUCUUGUCUCUUGCAGUAAGAUAACUAAAAAACUGCGACUGACAAGUCUCAUACAUGUGAAAACGCUUUUGUGUUUCUACGUGAACGCGAGGCUAGUCAGUCACUAGUUGGAGCGGAGGAUUUUAUUCAAAUUGGUCGCCAUUUUUCGAUUAGGCAUAUUGCACUCGAAAAAAUGGUCGUAAUACACGAGAAAUAGGGUGUGUCGUAUAAUAAAUCCUUGGAAUAAGCUGUGGCAAGAUUUUAGCUAUCUUUUUUGUGCGAUUGGACCCGGAAUUACGUCACAACUUGAAAGCCCUACACACGUAAUCAAAGUAUGACGACCAGUUUGAAUAACUAUUGUUCUAGACUGACCACGUGGAAACAUAACUCGUUUUUACAUGUAUGAGAGGCUAGUCAGUCCAGAACAAUUGUUAUUCAAAAUGGUCGUUUCAGUGUAUAGACGCUGUAUACACUGUAGACCAUUCAGAUAUACGGCUAACGUCAAAAUUCACAUGAGCCGAACCUAAUUACAUCAAUGAAGACCGCCUUGUUAUCCAUUGUUUUAGUUAGGUUCGGCUCGUCGUGACUAUCUCACACUUGCUAUAGAUUUAUUGAAUGACUAAACAACAAAAGGCUGGAGUGCCUUGGAAACUAAUAAGUAAAAAGUCGCUGGCAAGUACAAUCGGUUUCCUGAGCGCUUGACUGUAUCUUGAGAAAGGUGUACACCUAAUUAAAAAAACGUAGUCGGGUUCGAGAAGGUCAUAUAUCAUCGAAGCUAAGGCCGAAAAAGAUUUUGGAUACUCCGAAAUGUGUAUUAUAUUUGCAUAUAGACAUGUAAAAAUGCACAUUAGAGCAAAGUCGGUCAACCUAGAUUAACAUGCCAAAGCCGUCUUCGAAGAUUUACGCUGGAGAGCUGUUUGGCUGCGGUAUUUUGUCUUCACAUGCUCCCCUUCGGUCUUAGCUUUGAUUAUAUAACCUUUUUUUUGAACCCGAGAACGUUUUUUCAAUUAGGUGUAUUCAUUAACUAUGAUUCAAGCCAUCACGAAAGGCAGAUUUAUGUCAUUUCAGCCAAUGACAACUUACUUUUCAAUUAAAAAUAAUAUUUAAUGAUCCAGAUGAGUUAUUACACAUCCUAGUUACAAUUUUGUGUUUAUGGUGAGAAGUAUUUCCCCCGUAUUGUUCAAAUUGUGUAUUUCUGAAAU